GAGAAAAAAAAAAAAUGGAAAAGAAAAACAACGAGCACCACCACCUCUAUUGUUAUAUUAUAACCACUCAAUUUACUUUCUUCUCUCUUUCUUUAAAAUAAGAUAAGAAUGUUUAAUCCUACAAGACUCAAGGUGCAAUUAAAGUUAGCCAUCAACAGAUUAAAAAUGUUACAAGCUAAAAAGACCUCACUUAAUCAACAAGCAAGAAGAGAGAUUGGUACACUUUUAGAAAAGGGAAAAGAAGAAAGUGCUCGCAUAAGAGUAGAACACAUCAUUCGAGAUGAUUUGUUAAUUGAGGCAUUAGAAAACUUGGAAUUAUAUUGUGAUUUAUUAUUAGCUCGCUUUGGUUUAUUAGAAUCAUACAAGACAUGUGAACCAAGUAUUGCAGAAGCAGUAAAUACAAUCAUCUGGACUGCACCACGCGUUGGUGAAGUGAAAGAACUUAGUUUGGUAAGAGAUCAAUUAGCUUCAAAGUUCGGUAAAGAAUUUAUGCUACAAGCUAUGGAAAAUGAGGAUGAUAGAGUGAAUCCAAGAGUUGUAAUGAAGCUUCAAGUAAACGCUCCCGAUACAUAUUUAGUUGAACGUUAUUUAGAAGAAAUUGCUCGAACUUAUGAUAUCAAGUGGGAAUCAGACAUUAUCUCUCAUGAAGAAGAAGAGGAGCACUUUGAAGAUGCAGGAAGCGACGAUGAUGAUAAUAAAAGUGGAGGACAGGCAGAGGUUGACAAUCAAAAAAUAGUAUAUCAUAUUUAGCAGCCCUUUUUUUUUAACUUGUUUUUUUUUAAUAGUUAUUGCCACCUUUACAAAACCCACAACCCACAACAAAUAAUGACUUAUUAAACAACACAAAUGGAUUUGAUUUGCCCGAUAUUCCAAUCAAUUUACCAUCAUUGAAAGCUAAUACCAAGACCAACAAUACCAAUCUUAAUACUGACAAUACAAUAGCCUCGAAUGAUGAUCCUAAUGAUUUUGAUGCUUUACAAAGAAGGUUAGACGCUUUAAAGAGAAGAUAGUUGAAUGCAUUCUUUUUUUUUGUUUGUUAUAUAUAGUAACAAAUAAACCUUUAUUUAUUAUGGAACA